AUGCAGUUCAAGUCGCUCGCUUACAUCCUGCUGGGCCAGUCGGCCCUGGUGGCCGCCCAAUCGGCCACCACCACGUCCUCGGCCACGCAGGCCACCGCUACGUGCGAGCCUCACGAGGAUCACUGGCACUGCCCGUCGGGCGUGCCGCAGCCCUCGCUCAACCCCGACGGCUCGCCCAACCCCAAGGCGACCCAGGGCAGCAGCGACGACAACGAUCAUGAUCACGACCACGAUCACAGCCAUGACCAUGACACGGACAGCCACAGCGCGACCGCCAGCGCGACCGCCAGCAGCAACAGCACCACCACAGCCGCCGCCACCACUGGCCCUGGCGGCUGCACGCCGCACAACGACCACUGGCACUGCCCGUCUGGCGUCCCCAAGCCGACCACGCCUCCUCCCGGCUACACGCCCACUGCGUCGUCGACUGGUGGUGCUUCAACGAGCGCGAGCGCUUCGGCCACACCCACCACCGCCGCGGCGGGCAAGGCGGCACCCCUGAGCCUUGCCGUCCUCAUCGGCGGCAGCGUCCUGUUCGGCGCUCUUUUCCUGUAA